CACCUAAUUAGAUCAUAGAGCUCACCUGUGUGUGAUUUAGUCUCAUUAUAAACACACCUGCUCUGUGACGGCCUCAGUGGUUUGUUAGAGAACAUUAGUGAACAAACAGCAUCAUGAAGACCGAGGAGCUCACCAGACAGCUCACAGGUGGAGGUGACGUAUCUGAGAAGAAGAGGAAGGCUGGCAGAGGUCUGGACCACUGAGGGAACAGAGGCAGCAGGAAGGCUUCACUCAGAAAGGACAAGAUGGGCAAAGAAAUGCGGAAAAAACACAGAUGUCAGCAAUGUGAGAAGGCUUUCCACAACCUGAAGCAACUCAGGAGUCAUCAAAGAUGUCACACUGAAGAAAGAUUGUACAGCUGUGAUCAAUGUGAUAAAAAAUACAAAACAGUAAGCACACUAAAUGUUCAUAAGAAAACGCACAGUGGAGAGAAACCACAUAUGUGUGAGGUGUGCGGCAGUGAAUUUAUCUCAUUGGGAAACUUAUCGACUCACAUUCAACGGUAUCACACUGGAGAGAGACCGCACCAUUGUCAACAAUGUGACAAAGUGUUUGUGACCCAAAGCGAAUUAAAGAGUCAUCAGGUGGUUCACACAGGAGAAAAGCCAUACAGCUGUGGUGAGUGCGGGAAAAGUUUUUCAUGGCUUUCCAAUCUUGUCCGUCACCAGCGCAUCCACACUGGGGUGAGACUGUUCACCUGUGAGGAGUGUGGAAGGAGUUUCACUCGGUUAGAUUAUUUAAAGGUACACAAGAACAUCCACACAAAAGAAAUGAUUUUCUCCUGUGAGCAGUGCGGUAAAGCUUUCUCUUCAUCAUCUAACCUUAGGGCUCAUGUUGUUUUGCACACCACAGAGAAAUCACACAGAUGUGAUCAGUGUGGGAAAACAUUCACCACGCUGAAAUACCUGAGACUCCACACACGUAUUCACACUGGAGACAAACCAUACAAGUGCAGACACUGUGACAAGACUUUUAUUUCACAGACUAACCGCACAGUACAUGAACGCAUCCACACUGGAAUAAGACCGUACAGCUGCACUGAGUGUGGGAAAAGUUUUUCAUUGCUUCCCAAUCUUGUCUGUCAUCAGCGCGUCCAUACUGGAGUAAAACCGUUCAGCUGUGAGGAGUGUGGAAAGCAUUUCACUCAAUUACGUACUUUAAAGGUGCACAGGAACCUCCACACAAAAGAAAUGCUUUUCUCCUGUGAGCAGUGCGGGAAGGUCUUCCCUUCUUGUGGUGCAUUUUAUUAUCAUAAAAGGAUCCACUGUGGAGUGAAACCCUAAAAGUGCAAACAUUGUGAGAAGUCAUUCUCCACAUUAUUGUCCUGUUCAGCACACGAGCAUGUCCACAGUGCAGAGACAGCCUAGGUGUUUUAUUUCAUUAAAAAAAAAAUUCCUAGCAUUAGCAUGGAUUAAAAAAACCCCAAAACAUUUUUAUUAAUUUAUAUAUGUGCUUAUUUAAAACAGCCAUUUUAAUUCUUGGUUUCUAUUUUAGUGUGUUGUUUUAUGUAUUUAUUUAUUUUGAUACGAGAUUUUAACCAUUGGAUGCAAUUUUUUUCACUUUAAUAAUUUUAAGAUGUUUUCCAAAACAAAAAAGUACAAAAGCCAAAACAACAUUUUUAACGAUUUCAGAUUCAAAAAAGAGGAAAAGGAAGUGAAUUCUUCCUCAUUCCUAUCUCUGUUUUAUAUAAAGAAACACGUUCUUCCAAUUCAUGUGAUAUAGUUCUAUAAAUAUCGUUAUACAUUGAUCUAUAAUUACUUAACUACAGCUUUCCAAAGGUGCUGUCUUUUAUAUGUCAUACACAGGAUUGUUAAAAAUGGCAGGUUUGUGUGAACUGAAAAAUUUCUUUUAAACUAAGCAGUUUUUGUCUUUCUAAGAAUAUUUUAUAUGUUUAUUACUGAGUUUUGUUGUGGCAAAAACAAAAACAUCAUUUUCUUGAGGUUUUCAUUAUAUGACACUUGACAUGAACUUUUCUUUGAAACAUGGAUACGAGUUGUUUCAGGCACAUUGUUCAGGCCUACAUCAUUAUUGUGUUGCUGUUGCAUUAAUAGAACUUCGUUUUGAGGCAGCUGAAGUUGCAGAUGUUGCAGACUUUGUAAAGUUACUUUGAUGUUAACAAAGUGUUACACAAACUGUGUUGUUUGUUUAAACUGUUUUUGGAGGUCCAAACAUGACCGACCAAAGUGUUUGUUGUUGAUCCAGUAACUGAAAAUGAUUUGUUAUUACGACUCAGAGAGGACCUAACUUCUGCUGUGAGUGACGUGGAAAUACUGACUUAAAGCUUGGAUGUUUGUCAGGGUUUUGUUAACUUAUAGCAAUGUUGAUAAUAAUAAUAACAAUAAUAAUAAUUUUGGACCUUGUGUUUAAGUUUUUGCCUUAUUGGCUGCUGUUCAGUCAUUUCUAACAUGAACUGUUCAUCUGUUUUCAAUGAAUUGCCAAAAUAUAA